AUGUUAUUCAUAGUGAUUGUGAUAUUUGCCAUCAUUGGUGUUAAUUCAUUACCACCUAUCAACUUUACAGAUACUGUAUUGACAAAUCGAAUGAUUGAAGCAUUGAGCGAAGCGCUUGUAGCACAUGAUGAACCAAGAUUAACACCAUUUUAUCAACUGCGACAACAUUUAAAACAACAACAAUCAAAACAACAACAAUCAAAAGAACAACAACUCUAUCAACCACAGCUUCCAGAACAACAACAACAACAAUUCUAUCAACCUCAGUUUCCAGAACAGCAGCAACAACAACAACAAUUUUAUCCGCAGCAGGUUCCAGAGCAACAACAACAAUUCUAUCCACAGCAGUUUCCAGAACAACAACAACAACAACAAUUUUAUCAACAGCAGUUUCCAGAACAACAACAACAAUUUUAUCAACCUCAAUUUCCAGAGCAACAGCAACAAUUUUAUCAACCUCAAUUUUCUGGACAACAACAACAACAACAAUUUUAUCAACAGCAGCUUCCAGAACAACAACAAUUUUAUCAAAAUCANCAAUUUUCUGGACAACAACAACAACAACAAUUUUAUCAACAACAGCUUCCAGAACAACAACAAUUUUAUCAAAAUCAGGCUCCAGAAAACCAGCAACAAUUCUAUCAGCCUCAAUUUCCAGGACAACAGCAACAAUUCAACCAACAACAGUUUCUAGAACCACAACAACAACAACAACAACAACAACAUUUUAAGCAACCAAUCCAACAGAAUCAAUUGCCUGAGCCACAACGGCAACAACAACCAAUCCAACAGAAUCAACAGCCUGAGCCACCACAGCAACAACAACCAAUCCAACAGAAUCAGCUGCCUGAACCACAACAACAACUACAACACCAGCAACCAAUCCAACAAAACUACCUACCUGAACUACAACAACAACAUAAUCCUGGCUAUACAGAUUCUCGAGGUAAAAUUAAAGUAAUUCCAAUUGAAAAAUUCACACUCUUUUGUUCAGGCUACUACUAUCCUUAUCCAUAUCAAAAUGUCAACUGGUAUAAUUUUCCUUUUGUAUGGUCGUCUGUAGCAACUGGUGGUCAAUUUGAUUCAAGAGUACCACUUGCUGGUGUUGGUGCUCAAUCAACUGGUGCCGGUGCUACUGGUGAAUGUCCAGUAGGUUUUUGUCCACGUGGUGCCACCUGUUCACAACUUUCAGACCAAUGGCAAUGUGGAUGUGGUACAAAUGCUUGUAUUGGAAUUCAAAAUCCAUGCGGUAUAUUUGGUCGAUACUAUUUUCCUUAUUAUCCUGAUCCAUCACGAUUUAUUCAAUGUGAUCAAACUGGUGUUUUCUGGAUCCGUAAAUGUGCUCCUGGCACUAUUUUCGAUCCUAAAAUAAGUGUUUGCAACUAUCCGCCUGUUGUUGUCGAAACUGGCAAAAAAUAA